AUGUCUACUUCAAACCCGCCAACAAUCGAGAAGCACUCUUCCAACAACUCUGUCCCGACGAAGGAGGGCCUGCCCCGCUACCACACGUCGACGACCGCGGCCACCACCGAGACCGCCGUCGAAGCCGGCUCCCAAGCCCUCCCCUUCCCCCCUUACACCGCGCACCCUUCCAAAGUCCUCGACGCCCUCAAUGUCGACGAGAAGAAGGGUCUCUCCGAGGAUGAGGCUCGGCGCCGCUUCGAGCAGUACGGCCCCAACCGCCUCAAGCCGCCCAAGAAGCCGUCUCUCCUCAAGAUCACUGCUCAGCAGACUGCCAAUGCCAUGACGCUCGUACUCAGUGAGUAA